AACGAACAUUACUAGUUAUCUCCGUUAUUUGCAAGUGGCCUGGAUGGUCAUGGAAUCGCUUCAAUUUACCUUGGAGAUUCGGAUUGUUAAAGCAGCUUACGUGCGACAUUGCGCCGCUAAGGAAAUCAGAUAACCCUUAGGUGACAAACAAAUCUAUUCGGGUGCCGUAUAUUUAGCAAAUUGCAAAUCGACAAAAUGCUUGAUAUGUCUUUGUGGAGGAUAGGAAUUCCUCCGCCGUGGCAGUUGCGUCUCUAUUUAAAUUUUGAAUGUGGAAUGCUAUUUAUACCCAUCACCUAUGUGCACUCUAAUUCAACCCAAGAGUGCAAAGGAUCCAGAUUCCUCGGAGUUUAAUUGCGGGUGAGCCAUGACAAACAAGCUGGCGCAGGAGGAGGAGCAGAAUGAGGGGAAGUGCCAAACGAGAUGCAAUCCUGUGCUCCUGGAGUACAGCAGCAGUAUAAGAGGGGUGUUGGCAAUGUUGUUGAGUAGAUUGUCCCCUGACAAGAGUGUGAUACCGCUGGGGCAUGGGGACGCCUCUUCGUUCAAAUGCUUCAGGGCACCUCUCAAUGUAGAGGACGCUCUCAUACAAUCCACACGCAGCUCCAACUUUAAUGGUUACGCUCCUUCCUAUGGCAUCCUUGACACUCGCAGAGCUGUUGCUGAAUAUGUCUCCUCUGGCUUGCCAUAUAAGCUUACAUAUAAUGAUGUGUACCUUACUGUUGGUUGUUCGCAAGCUAUACAAGUGUGUCUGACAGUAUUGGCUACUAAAGGCUCAAAUAUACUUCUACCACGGCCAGGGUUUCCAGUUUAUGAAACAGUAUGCGGAUACAAUGGCAUUGAAAUCAGAUUCUAUGACUUGGUUCCAGAGAAAAAUUGGGAAGUUGACUUGGAUCAGAUAGAGGCAUUGGCUGAUGACAAAACCAUUGCAAUGGUUAUUAUUAAUCCAAGCAAUCCUUGUGGAGCUGUCUUUGACUAUGAACAUUUAUUAAAGAUUGCAAAAACUGCUGAACGCUUAGACUUUCCAAUUGUUUCAGAUGAAGUAUAUGCACACAUGGUGUUUGGUGAGAGCAAAUUUGUGCCUAUGGGAACGUUUGCUUCCAUCACACCUGUAAUAACACUUGGAGGCAUUUCAAAGCGAUGGCUAAUUCCUGGUUGGCGUUUUGGAUGGCUUGUUGCUUGUGAUCCCCAUGGCAUUCUCAAAAAGGGAAAAGUUCAAGAAGGAGUCGAGAUGCUUAUGAAUAUAACCCCUGGCCCUUCGACUGUUGUGCAGGGUGCUGUUCCAAGCAUUUUAAAAGACACUAGCAAAGAGUUCCACGAGAACAUAUUGCACUUAUUGGAUAUGGCAGCUGACAUUUGCUACAAGCGAAUCCAGAAAAUUAAGUCCCUAUGUUGUUAUUCGAGGCCUCAAGGAUCUAUGUUUAUCAUGGUGAAAAUAAAUUUGUCAACCUUUAAAGGUAUCAAAGAUGAUAUGGAAUUUGCUUUCAGGCUUGUUGAGGAAGAGUCGGUGGUGGUGCUACCAGGUUCAACCCUUGGAAUGAAAAAUUGGAUAAGGAUCUCAUUUGCAGCUCCCAUUGCUUUAUUGGAAGAGGGAUGGGACAGAAUUGAGUCAUUUUGCCAGAGGCAUUCCAAUGUUUAAACAUUUUAACUGAUUGUUUCGGAAUUUAAUAUGGUCUUAGGAUUCAUAUUCUAAAUUGAAAUUUAAGGACAGAAGGUUCACUAAGUGCUUUCCAACAUGAUUAUUAUACCACUUUCUAUUUUCAAGGGUUUAAAUGAAAUUCGACAUGAAUAUGAAGCUCAGAUAGAGAAGGAGUAUGUAACCCAAACUGGAAUAAAAACUAUAUUAUUUAUUCUUUACCAAAAACAUCCAAUUAAGUGGUUUUACUUCUCUAUUCA